CCUUCUUUUCUCUCUCCAAGGGACCUGUGUGGUUUCUCAGGCAGCCAGGUGUGUCUGUGAGCCCUAGGAGGGUGCAGGUGGGCAGAGCAGGAUGAUGGAGGCAGUGGACGUGCCUCCCGAGGGCUACUCCUUGAUCAAAGCCGUGUACCAGCGGCGCCUGCGCCUCACGCGGCUGCUGAUCGACGGCGGGGCCUACGUCAAUGAGAGCAACAGCAGGGGUGAGACCCCACUCAUGAUCGCCUGCAUGACCAAACACGUGGACUUACAGAGCGCCAGCAAGGCCAAGAUGGUGAAAUACCUGCUGGACAACAAGGCUGACCCCAACAUACAGGACAAGUCUGGGAAGACAGCCUUGAUGCACGCUUGCUUGGAAAAAGCAGGCCCUGAAGUGGUGUCUCUGCUGCUGAUGAGUGGGGCUGACCCCAGCCUGCCAGACCACUCCAACUGCUCUGCACUGGUGUACGCAAUCAACGCUGCCGACAGAGACACCCUGGAGCUUCUGCUUAAGGCCUGCAAGGCACGAGGGAAAGAAGUGAUCAUCAUCACCACAGACAAGUCCGCGUCAGGGAGGCAGAAAAUAAAGCAGUACCUGAACGUGCCUCCUCCAGACCUUGAGGAAUGCACUCCCCCAGAUGACUGCAUCUCCCCAUCAGAAAUAGAAUCAAACGAGAGUCCAGAAGACCCAUUCAGCUUUAAGGAGCUCUAUGGUGGACAACAGGAGGACAACUCACCUGAAAGAGUGCCGCUAAUGACCAAAUCCAGCUCAACGCCAGCACGGUUCAAGUUGACUCAGGUGCUGCAGUGUGAUCCGUGGCUAAAGUGCUGUCCAACAGUGUUUCAGCAGAGGAAAAUUGCUUCUUCACAAGAACUUCAGGGUAUCAGUCCCACAGAAGAGCUCUCCUGUAAAGUCAGUGACCUUGACAUAUGCAAGAGCGUCACCACCAGCCACGAAAGUAGAGAUAGGAAAGACGCUGCUCAUGUAUUGAAAACCUCUGAUCAAACUGUGUCAAGGAGAGCAUUACGCGAUGCAAUAAACUAUCAGACUCCUCUUGUUCAAGAGAAACAUAACCCCAGUGAGAUUCCCAUGGGCAUGGAUGCCAGCUUGGGACAAAUCAGCUUACUUUCAAACCUUGGCAGCAUUAUCAAGAAAGGACGUGGAGAACCAAAUUACAAUGUCUCCAGUUCUCAGUUAACUAACAGUCUAAUUCCUGCUGCAGAUACGAAAGGCAGUAAGUCACCAAAAGGAAAUAAAGAGAUUCUUUCUACGUACCAGACUUUGUUACCAAGUCCAAGAAGAGUUCUGGAGAAGAUGUCGCCUGUUUCUCCGAGAGGCAGAAAUCAGGCUCCUCUAGGGGAAGGGAGUUCAAGAGCCUUAGUGUUGGAUCAGGCAAGGCCAGGCCUUCUGCCACCACUGAAUGUGAACCCCCGCCCUCCAGUUCCAGAGCUCACUGUCGUAAACACAGUGUCUGGAAUGAUUUCUUAUGGACAAACUCACUUAGUACCACCAGGAUCUGCUUUCCCUAAGGGGGCCAAAGAUACGAAUCUGCUGCGGAGAAGGCCCUAUGAGCAGAUUACUGUCUGAGCAGAUUCAGCAAUUACUGAAUCUUUAACAGGAGAGCAAAGGGGAUUUUUAUGAUAUGUAAAUAUUCACUGCAGUCCUUGACUGUAAUGGUAUGUAUCACAAAAUAGAGCAGGUCUGUGAUGUAAAGUAAUGUCUGCCUCAGGAUGAGUGGAAUAGCCCAGAAACUAAUUGAAAAGACAUACUUACUUAAUGAGGCUGUCUUCUGCAAACUAAGGAGUGUUUGUUUUGCUGGUUUUGUAAAGCUUUCAACUUGCCUGUGACAGACUGAACCCACAAUGGUCCUUAAGCAUUACUGUUCUCCCUGUAGGUUGUAAAUACUACCCCUCCUAGAUUUCCCCAAAUACACACCCUUUCAGCAGCCAGAGAGGUGGUGCACAUGGAAUUUGGGAACCUGAAGCAUUUGACUCUGAUGCUGGACACCAGACUGCCUCUGUCCAGGUUGUACAUAUGCAGAAAACCCAGAGACAUCAGCCUGCAGUGGGGUGGGUGGCAGCAGGUGCACACCAGCAGUGUCUCCUGGCCUCAGCAGCUUCACUGCAAGCGAGCUGACACUUCAGAGUUGAUAACACUCGUGUUGCAGAGCUGUGCUGCCCACGGAAUUCCAGCUAAGGGCUGGGAGCGUGCCUCAGACACCUGGCUGGCACUGGGAAUAGCGGUGCACAGCAUGGGAGGUCUCCAGCCCAGCACACGGCGCCGGCAGCGCCAUCAGGAGCCCAGCAGGGCAAGGGACGAGCCCUGGGUGUGCCACCAGCCAGUCCUGCUCACGCUGUCCCCAGGCACUGUACACCUCGGGCUGCUACAUCUACAGCUCCUGGAAUCCGCUCUCUUCAGAAAAGCAAGGGUGCGGGAGGCAGAGCCUACACCUGAAACAGGCUCUGUCACUUUCUGCAGUUCUGGAGUCCCGCAAAAAGAGACCUCCAUGUCAGGCUGGAGCAAUUUGCCUCCAGUCAGAGUCUUUUUCAGAGGUCCAGGUGCUGGGACACACCCAGCGUGUCUUCAUGAGCAGGGACACUUCACACACACACACACAUUUAGGAGCAGGGGAGAGCUCUGUCCUCCUGCUCAGACAUACUUUAAAAAGAAAACCCAACAACUUAAGGGAAGUUGAGGCACUGGCACAGUUUUCCCAGAGAAGCUGUGGCCGCCCCAUCCCUGGGAGUGUUCCAGGCCAGGUUAGAUGGGGCUUGGAGCCACCUGGUCUAGUAGAAGGUGUCCCUGCCCAUGGCAGGGGGCUUGGAAUGAGAUGGCCUUUUAGUUCAUAUGGUUUCCAACCCAAGCCAUUCUGUGAUUCUUUGAGUCGUUACAAAACUCACCUGGGAGAUGGAAACCCACAUUUUGCCUAAUUUGAAACAGAGGACUGAAUUUCCCACAUGUGGAAAGCAGUCCUCUGCAGCCUCCAAGCUACUGUGUAUUUUUAAGUAUCUCUAUCUAAAAAUCUUUCUUUCCUUUCCUUUGCUUUCCUUUCCUGUCUUGUGAUUCCAAGUAUCUCCCUUGUCUUUGUGUGCAUCCCAUAGAUGCUGGAUUUCUGCAACUGCAUUUAGCAUUUACCUGCAUUUAGCACACAUCGCAUCUUCUAAAUUCUGAGAAAGAGUGAAUGUGUUCUGUUUUGUUGUAAUUUAUAGAAAUUAGUUGUAUUGAAAUAGUGUCUGUGUAAUGUGAAUUUCAGUACACUGAAAUUAGGUAUGUUUUUCCUGAAAAUACUCAGUGGGUACUACCUGUCUUGCUGCAGCUUCAGUCAAACCUGACAUUGCCUAACAAAAGCCUGUAAUGUUAUUUAGCUUUGCACUUAGUAGGAGACAAUUUAACGGGGAUCUUAAGCAUAAAACAGUGCUAAGGGGAUCUUAAACCAAUUUACAGAGGAUCGGAGACAUAAAAUAAUUUGAAGGGGAUCACAAACAUAGAAUUAUUUAAUGGGGAUCAUCACCAUAAAACAAUUUAAUGGGGAUUCUAAACAUUAAACCAUUUAAAGGGGAUUAGAAGAAACAUAUACUUUCUGUAAAUAACAUUUUGGGAGUAUUUGUUUCCAUUCAGGUUCUGCCUUUUCCUUCAGAUUUUCCUAGAUCAGCCCCUGUGUACACCAGGUACAAAAAAGGAUUAUGUGGAUGUAUUUUUAUGAUACAGAAAUUAUGUGGAACAACACAUGUCAGUAUUAACUGAGUACAAAUUAGGCUCUACACAGAAUAUAUUGUCCACAUGUUCUCAUGAUAAUAUAAAAGGAAAUGGCAAGUUCUCAUCUGUUCAUCUUUUAGUGAAGUUAAAAAUUUGAAUGGGAAAAUAGAUCUUUAAAAAAACACAAAUUCUUUUUAGAUGAAAUUGACUAUCAUCAGGUGUUCUAACUGGUAUUUUUGCUAAGGAUAUAAAGCCCAAUUUAUGCUGUUUUGAUUUUAAAAUUAAUUAUGUAUAUGGGACUAUGGCUCCCUCAAAUGAAACCAUAUUUUUUCUACAAAAUGCUCAGAAAAUGGAGGGAAGUGGCAAAUGUCUUCAAAAGGAAAGUCUUUUGGAAGUGUUACCAGUCUUUUGUGAUUGUGAUGCAAAGUAGUGUGAGGUGUUAAUAUUAUUAUUUGUGUUACUGUUGCAAGUGACCUUCAAAGGA